AUGCCGCAAGGUAUGCGCGCCGAUGCACGCAUUUUUGGGUUACUGAUCGAUUUUCUUGUGGAUUUUGAAGCGACUAAGUUGUAUUGCUUCGUCCACAAGGUGCCUGUUUGCGGAGAAUGUAUAUGCUACCCGGAGCACCAAAUUUGUGUGGUCCGUACGUACUCCGAGUGGGUAAUUGAUGGGGAGUAUGAUUGGCCUCCUAAAUGCUGCAAAUGCCAAGCCGUGUUGGAUGAGGGGUCAAAUCCUCAAACGACAAGAUUGGGCUGUUUACAUGUUAUACAUAAUAGUUGCUUAGUGUCACACAUUAAGAGUUUUCCUUCUCAAACUGCACCAGCUGGGUACAUCUGUCCAGGCUGUUCAACUUCGGUAUGUUAUGGUUUUGCGGAGAAUGACAUUUCAUUUGGUCGCAUCAUUUUUUUUCUUGAAACAAAUUUUGUUCCUUCUGCCACUUACUGGGUCUGCUUUUCCCAUCCUUCUGGAAGUUCUGAACUGAGAUGGAUUGCUGCAAGUGAUCAACUUGUUGCAGAUAUGGCCUCCAAAAAGUGUCAAAGAUUCUGGAUCACGUCUUCAUUCAAAUCUGAAAGAAGCAAUAAUGCAGUCAGAAUAUAUGGUUUUGCCAUCACCGUGAAUGAGAAUUUGCUUGAGUCUCCCGAACAGACUGGUUUGGAGAAGAACUUGUUCGGCAACCAUCCAGUUUCGUUUGCAACAGAGAACAGAGAUCCUCCUCCGGCAUUUGCCUCAGAACCACUGAUGCAUCCAUCCGCUGGAAAAGAUGCUGUGCCUCCUGCAACGGGCUUUACAAGGCCCGCAAGCUUGGAUAUAGUGGAGAUUGACGGGCCCAGCUCAGCAACAUCAUCUUUGCCCAACCAUGAGCCGAAUUUUAUUAAAAACUCCAGUCCACCUGGCCCUGGUGCUACCACUCGAAAAAAUGCACUACAAGUCGAAAGACAAAACUCUGAGGUCUCAUAUUAUGCGGACGAUGAAGAUGCAAACAGGAAGAAAUAUUCGCGAAGAGGAACAAUUCGUCAUAAGUUCCUUAGGUCAUUGCUGCCUUUUUGGUCGAGCGCGUUGCCAACUCUACCAGUGACGGCCCCACCAAGAAAAGAUGCAUCGCAUGCAGAUGAUGCCUCAGAGGGUCGUGCAAGACAUCAUAAGUCUUCUAAAAUGGAUCCAAGAAAAAUCCUCUUAAUAAUAGCUAUCAUGGCUUGCAUGGCCACAAUGGGUAUAUUGUAUUACCGAAUUGCACAAAGGGGUCUCGGUGAAGAUUUGCCUGAUGAUGAGGUCCAGUGAUUGAUGGUUUGUUAACCAAGCUCACUCGUAUCAGUACCUUUGCUCGACUGCAAUAAUGUAUUGUUUUUUCCAGCCAUGAACAGGUCUUUCUGCUCUCGAUGUUUUUCAUGUCGAAGAUCUUUCUAGUGGCUCAACUGUUGUGGCUGUUUUUGUUUCUGUAUAACUGAGUUUGAUGCUUUUUUGGUUAUAGAAAUUUUUAGUCUCUAGGAAUUAUGACUUGUGAGUUGUGACCUGUUUUAAUGUUUUGUAUGUGAUUUUUUUUCCCCCAAUUUUACUGUAUUUUCCAAAUUUUAUUGUUUUAUGUUUAUGUUUUUAUUUCAACCUUAACAGAAGGAAGACAUUUUGGUACCUGAGUUUGGCCGUUGUUUAAUUGCUAUCUUAAUCUUCUUUCCGCUUUC